AUGGACCUCCCACCCGGGCGUCUUGGCGCAUCUCCAGGCCGCCGCCUGCCGGUUCGGGCUGGAGGACCGAGUUCACUAUCGCGCUUUGGCGGAACGCUUUUGCAAACAAGGCGCCAAAUGGACGCUCAUCUGGUGCCAGCCACCGGAGAUGAUCUGGAAAACUGCCGGGUCCGAAAACGGCAACGGAAGGUCGACGACGUCGUGGUGACUUGUGGAAAUGUGGACAUGACGGUGUACCACGCCUGCCCGGUAUUCCAGGCCUCGAGGCAGGGCGACUCCGAUUUCCCGAUCGGGUCCAUCAUUCGAAAGUCUUACCGGCGGCCCGACAAACAUGCCGGCCAGAAUGUCCUGCUCGUGGGCGAAGGCGCACCGGCAAUCGAGAUUGCUCGCAAAUUAAGCAUGCACGCGAAGAGAAUGUCCAAGCCGACGAUGUCAUGGAGCUCGACCUUCACCCCGUUCGGGCUCGGUGACGCUAACGGACGCUUUCAUUACGUCUACAUGUUCAUUCGCGAGUUCCACGAUGCUGACGCAGCCACUGUCAACGCAGAGACCAAAGUCUUGGAGACAGAUGCAGAAGAUUCGAGCCCGUUUGCUCGGGAAGAGACGGAGGAAGGGUAA